AUGAAUAACAAGGAUCCCGCUCACUUUCCCCCGCCCAGGUCUGCUACUUGCAAUCUGUUGAAGCAUUUCUCUCCUCAGCAUGAGCCUGCCAACACCAAAAUCAUCUAUCCUAUGGGCCCCAACUUCUACCCCGCCUGGGACAAAUCGUAUCCAUUUGCUGGCGUCGAUCUGAUAGGGUUUGCCCCAAUUCAGGAAGCAUUGGCGAUGAAUGUACAAAAGGAGAUGAUCAAGGAUGCUGAAUGA